AUGGAUUCAAUGAAAAAUCCAACAUCCAACAGGGUUGGAUUUCUUGAAACCUCGUUACCACAACCACAAAUACUGCCCCCUUUACCUCUGAAUUUGUUGCCCGGCAUGCUGCCAAUCACACAAUACAACCCUUUUUAUAACUUUCCUAGAAUGGCCCCAAUGAUUACGCCAUCUUUCUCACUUGUUCCUCCAACCUUCAACAUACAAAUGAACCUGAUGAACCCGAUGGCAAUGCAAGCCAUGACACCCCGAACUCAGUUGGACGCUAAUUCUCUAACUGGUUUUCAUACAAACGCUCCAAUGGUCCCAUUCCCAGAAGCGAUGAAAGCAAAGUCAUCAUUCCUGAUAGAUACGAUUCUUUCGGCCGGUCAAAAAAAUCCUAUAAACCAAAAUCACAAGAAAGAAAAUCACAUCAAAAAGCCGUUGAAUGCAUUUAUGUUGUUUCUUAAAGAAAACCGAAAAACUUUAAUAGAAGAAAAUGGAUACGAUGAAAUGUCAUCAGGAUUGAUGAAUAAAGAGCUUGGAAGACGUUGGCAAAAAUUGACAGAUGACGAGAAACAACCGUAUUUUGAAUUGGCCAAAAUUGAAAAAGAACGGCACAAAGAAAAGUAUCCAGAGUGGUCCGCUAAGGAUAACCUCAAGAAGUCAAAGAAGUAUAAUCCUGCUCAAAAAGUUGGGAAAAUGUGUCGCGCUCAAUUAGGAAAUAAGGACAGGUCAAAGUGGUGCAAAUAUUGCUUGCGCAAACAGAAGUGCAUAUUAUCAAGAAUCCUCUCUCAAAUCGCUCAAACUCAUGAUGAGGAAACUGCGAGCGAAAUCUCACACGAUAAUCCAGAGAGUUCAUCAUCAAUCGAAACAACACCGAUAGACUCAUUUCCAAACCAGGUUUCUAUUACACUUCAGGAACAAGAAGAGAAUCUGGACAACUCGGAGGUGGAAGAAGGAGGACCAAAAAGUUGA